AUGCCUCUUUCAGAAGUCAAAGAAGAUGACAUGAAGAUUGAUGAGAAAUGUGUGGAAGCCGAGGAACUUUAAGAAGACAAGGAAGAAUUUGUUGGCUAUGGUCAGAAGUUAUUUAUUGCUGGUUUCCGCCCCAGCAUGCACCUUUGUCGCUGGAAGUCUCAUCUACAUCAUAUGCAUGCCAGUGUGUGCUGUACCCCUAGCUGCUACAGCGCGGUGGGUGCCCCUUAUGAGGAGGUGGUGUGGUAUCAGCGAAGCCCUCCAGACAAGCACCGCCUAAUAGUGCUCGUGGGACCUUCGGGAGUCGGAGUCAAUGAACUGAGAGGCUUUACUAUUGAACUUAAUCCCAACCAUUUUCAAAGUACUGUGCCACAUACUACUCACUCCAAAAAGAAUUAUGAAAUGAAUGGACGUGAGUAUCAUUAUGUGUCAAAGGAAACAUUCGAAAGCCUCAUGUAUAGCCACAGGAUGCUGGAGUACGGUGAGUACAAAGGCUACCACUAUGGCACUAGUGUGGAUGCUGUUCAAGCAGUUCUUCAUGAAAGAUAGGUAUGUGUUAUGUACUUAGAGCCUCAGUUUAUUCAAGUAGCUCGAACCCAAGAAAUGAAACUCUAUGUCAUAUUUAUAAAACCAUCUAACUUGAGUCGUAUGAAGCAAUCUCAGAAAAAUGCUAAGAUCAUUACAGACUACUUUGUAGAGAUGAAGUUCAAGGAGGAAGAUCUAUAAGAGAUGGAAAAUUUGGCCCAAAAAAUGGAGACCCAGUUUGGCCAGUAUUUUGAUCAUGUGAUUGUGAAUGACGACUUGCAAGAUGCAUGUGUCCAGUUGUUGUCAUUAGUAAGGAAGGCUCAGGAAGAGCCUCAGUGAGUCCCAGCAACAUGGAUUUCCUCUAAUACUGAAUCUUAA